GCUGACCACGUUGACCGAGUUGCAACAUUUCAAAGAAUAACGUGACCAAACCACCCAAUUUAACUCUCCAUGUGAUACUUCUGUUAUCUUCCUCUUACAUAAGUCAAUUAUUUUUUCCAGUGUAAACGCAGAAAAAUAUUAUUCAAGCACCACAAUGAUUUAGUUCAACAGUUUCAGUUAUGAGUGACAAGUAAUUAUUUUUAUUUCAAUAGUCAGACAACUUAAUAUCCGAUUAGAAUCAAGAAAUAGCCUACAUUAGUUACUGGCCCAUGAAACUCCUUAUUUCAUUUCAACCUUUAUUCAUAUACACAUAAUUUUAAUGUUUAUCAGCCAUUUUCCUAGCUCCAAGCUCAAAUCUAUCCUUAAAUUUGCACGUUAUUUUUCCCGCCGCAGCAGCAAACCUUCCAAAUCACCCCAAGUUGUCUAUGCAUGCAACAUCAGGAUAAACACAUUAGCAAGGGAAGGCAAACUCCGACUCGCCCGUAAGGUGUUUGAUGAAAUGUCGCAAAGAGAUGCGGUUUCUUGGAAUUCAAUGAUUACUGCCUAUUGGCAAAAUGGGUAUCUAAAUGAGUCAAAGAAACUCUUUGUAUCAAUGCCUGUGAGGACGGUAGUGUCUUGGAACUCAAUGAUUGCCGGUUGUGUGGAAAAUGAUUGCAUUGAUGAUGCUAAUAUGUAUUUUAGAACUAUGCCUGAAAAGAAUAUUUCGUCCUGGAACGCGAUGAUUUCAGGUUAUGUUAAGUAUGGUAUGGUUGAGGAAGCAUCGAGGUUGUUUGAUGAGAUGCCAAAAAAGAAUGUCAUUUCUUAUACUGCGAUGAUUGAUGGGUAUAUGGAGAAAGGCGUGAUUGGGAAGGCGAGGUUGCUUUUUGAUCGUAUGCCACAAAAGAACGAGGUUUCGUGGACUGUGAUGAUUAGUGGGUAUGUAGAGAACGAGUGUUUCGAUGAGGCAAAGGAGCUGUUUCAAAAGAUGCCAGCUAAGAAUAAGAAUGUUGUUGCAAUGACAGCUAUGAUUGUUGGAUAUUGCAAGGAGGGAAGGGUGGAGGAAGGAAGGAUUUUGUUUGACGGAAUACUAUCUAAAGAUAGCGUUGCUUAUAAUGCCAUGAUUUCAGGUUAUGCACAAAACGGAUGCAGUGAAGAGGCAGUCAAGUUACUGGUCGAGAUGCUUAGGAUGUCUCUUCGACCAGAUCAAUCUUCAUGUGCUUCAGUGCUUUCUGCAUGUGCUGCUCUUGCAUCUCCUCUAGUAGGUAGACAAACUCAUGCAGUUGUUAUUAAACUUGGCGUAGACUCGAAUGUCUCUGUAUGUAAUGCUCUGAUUACUAUGUAUAGCAAAUGUGGCAGCAUAUUUGAGUGUGAGUUGGCUUUUGAACUGAUCACAAAUCCAGACCUUGUUUCGUGGAACACUAUAAUUUCUGCAUUUGCACAGCACGGACUGUACAAGAAAGCAGUUGCAUAUUUGGAGCAAAUGGUUCUCAGAGGAUGUGAACCAGACGGUAUAACAUUCCUCAGCUUAUUAUCUGCUUGUGCCCAUGCGGGGUUGGUUAGUGAGAGCGUUUCUUGGUUUGAUUCAAUGAUGAAAAACUACAAAAUUACUCCGAGGCAUGAGCAUUAUUCUUGUUUAAUUGAUAUACUUGGCCGAGCAGGUCAGCUGGAUAAGGCUUACAACAUUAUCCAAGAGAUGCCGGUUGAAGCUGAUUUAGCUGCUUGGGGUGCCCUUCUUGCUGGCUGUCGUGCUCAUUCCAAUGUAGAAUUGGGGAAGCUUGCUGGAGAGAAAGUCAUGGAAUUAGGCGGUGAUAGUUCAGGACCUUACAUUAUGUUAUCUAAUAUAUAUGCUGAAGCAGGUAUGUGGGGGGAGGUCACGAGAGUGAGAGGCUUGAUGAAAGAACAUGGCAUCAAAAAGCAACCGGCAUAUAGUUGGACAGAGAUUGAAAAUAAGGUGCAUUAUUUUCUGGGAGGGGAUACCUCUCAUCCAAAUAUUCAAGAAAUCCGUACAGCACUCAAGCGGAUGAACUUGCAGAUGAAAUUCCAAGAAAAAGUUCUGGACUUCACCGACUUUUUACUUCCUGGAUGAACUGAAAUGCACGUGUAAUUAACAUGCAUGUCCAGUAAACUUACUAGAUUUGGCAAAUUUUGGACGCUCCGUGAAAAUUCAGGAUCACUACUGCCUGGAAUGCUCAGUAAGCACUGAGUUCUUGUCCAAGCAAGAUGGAACUUUUCCACCAGGAGCACGCCAGAUGCACCAAGGUCCCUGCUUUUGAUACUCUUUGUGAAUGUUCAUCUUUAAAUAGGCUGAAUGGCCAUUCUUAUGCAAUUACCGGGUGACUCAUAAAUGUUGCAGGCGAACAGAGUUUAGACCCCAGAAGCUCAAGGCCGGAGCUUGAAGCCGACGUAUGGGUUUGGUCGAACCCUGCAGCUUUAGUUCAAACCUUGUACUUGUAUGAAGAAAUUCACUGAAUAAGUACAAAAAUUAUAUGUCGAAAUUAGAACCUAGUUUGCUAACACAUGAUGUCGCUAUCCUAGAAUUUAGAACCUGUAAAGUUCAAAUCCUGGUGUCACCUCUGCAUAAGCUGGAAGAUCAUGAAGAGAGAGUGUGAGCUGAUCUCCCAUUUUUCACUGUUUGGUAAUAUUUGCUCUUGUAAGUUACAGAAACAGUGGGAGUAUACGCCAAUGAAUAGAGGAAGGAGGCCACAGUCAUUUGAACAUUACUAUUCAGGUUCAGGUUGAAGUUAAAACUAUUAGAUUGUAACUGUAAUCCUAUGAUACUGUUGUUUGAAAAGAAACUGGAGAUCAUCUUUUUGAAUUUAAAAUUUGCAAUUUGGGUUUCUGGUUUUUUUU